AUGGAUUGCCAAGACGAGCAACUGGUGAAAACAAUAUGCAAUCUCUACGGAAAGAUAUCAAAGCUGGAGAGUCUGAAACCAUCCGAAGAUGUCAACACUCUCUUCAAGGAGCUCGUUUCCACAUGCAUCCCACCGAACCCUAACAUCGACGUCACCAAGAUGUGUGACACAGUCCAAGAGAUUCGACAAAAACUCAUCAAGAUCUGUGGCGAAGCCGAAGGUCACUUAGAACAUCAUUUCUCGUCAAUCCUGACCUCUUUUCAAGACAACCCACUUAACCAUUUAAACCUUUUCCCUUAUUACAGUAACUAUUUAAAACUCGGGAAGCUCGAAUUCGACCUCCUCGCAGAAAACCUAAACGGCUUUGUCCCCAAAAAUAUAGCUUUCAUUGGAUCUGGUCCUCUUCCUCUCACUUCCAUCGUUCUUGCUUCAGCCCAUCUCAAAGACACAACCUUUCACAACUUUGACAUCGCCCCAUCGGCGAACUCGCUCGCUUCUCUUCUGGUCUCCUCUGAUCCAGACAUCUCUCAACGGAUGUUCUUCCACACCGUGGAUAUAAUGGACGUGACAGAGAGCUUGAAGAGCUUCGAUGUCGUGUUCCUAGCUGCUCUUGUUGGGAUGAACAAGGAGGAGAAAGUUAGAGUGAUCGAGCAUCUUGAGAAACACAUGGCUCCUGGUGCUGUGCUCAUGCUGAGGAGUGCUCAUGGCCCGAGAGCGUUUCUUUAUCCGAUCGUCGAGCCUCGUGACCUUCAGGGGUUCGAGGUUUUGUCAAUCUAUCACCCGACAGAUGAUGUUAUCAACUCCGUGGUGGUCUCGAAAAAGCUCCCCGUUGCUUCAACUGGGAAUGUUGGUGGGCACUCGUGCUUGCUCAUGCCCUGCAACUGUUCCAAGAUCCACGCGAUAAUGAACAAGAAGAAGAAGAACAUGAUGAUCGAGGAGUUCGGAUUUACGAUUCCGAUUGAAAACGGGAAUGGAGCGAAGAACGCUGAGGCUGAUUCCCAAAGAACACUGUACCCGUAUGUUACCGGAACCUCAGUGGUUGCUAUCAAGUACAAAGAUGGGAUUUUAAUGGCUUCUGAUAUGGGAGGUUCAUAUGGAUCAACCUUAAGGCUGAAUGAUAACAUGUGGGAUGAUGGUAAUUCCUUGGGGCCUAAAGAGGUUCACAACUAUCUGACCCGAGUUAUGUAUAAUCGCCGCAACAAGUUCAACCCACUAUGGAACACUCUCGUGCUUGGAGGUGUAAAAAAUGGGGACAAGUACCUUGGAAUGGUCUCAAUGAUUGGUGUUAGUUUUGAGGACAACCAUGUUGCCACCGGGUUUGGAAAUCACCUAGCUAGGCCGAUUCUCCGUGACGAAUGGCGUGAGGACCUGAGUUUUGAAGAGGGUGUCAAGCUACUGGAGAAAUGUGACGACGCGUCUCCGGAGUCGAGACGGAAGAAGCGGAGGAUAUCGGAGGCAGCGGAUGAGGCGGAGACAGAGACGCGACGGAUCAACGAAGAAAGCGUGAAGAGGUGGAGAACGGAUCGUGUGCAGCAGAUCUACUCUUGCAAGCUCGUCGAAGCUCUACGCCGGGCUCGUCAGAGAUCCAACGACGCCGGUAAAGUCACUGGAGCAGCGCGAGAGAUACGUGAGACGGCCGAUCGAGUUCUCGCCGCGUCGGCUCGCGGCACGACUCGGUGGAGCAGGGCGAUCUUAGCGAGUCGCGUCCGAGAGAGGCUGAAGAAACACAGAAAAGCGAAGUCCACCGCAAAUCGCAAAUCGAGAAAAGCUACGACGGAGACGAAGCGGGUUAAAUUGCCAGCGGUUGAGAGAAAACUGAAGACUCUCGGCCGGUUGGUUCCUGGUUGCCGGAAAGUCUCGGUACCGAACCUUUUAGAUGAAGCGACGGAUUACAUCGCGGCUCUAGAGAUGCAGGUCCGAGCCAUGGAGGCUCUCACCGAACUCCUAACCGCCGCCGAACCACGGACGACGUUGACCCGACGCUAA